AUGGGAGAUGUGUUCCUGCACUUGCUGCCACACGCCUUGUUUCCUCAUUCGCACGGGGGUACUGCCGAAGACGCACAUGCGCAUUCCCACGGAGAAGUCAACGAGGACGCACACGCUCACAACGACGAUGGCGCACACAAUCACGAUCAC